CCCACCACCACUUAGCAACACCCUGCCCUCCUACCGCGGCCCAGCCGGCGUCAAUCAGCUGCUCCCUGGCCCCAGUCUCUGGGAGCGCCGCCCCCAGGAAGCCUCCCAGGAAAACCUGUUUGCAAGCUCAAUUCCCUGGAGGCCACGGGAGUUUUAAGAGGAUUAGGGAGGGAGGGGGCGCAACGGACCGCGCAACUCCGUGGGCGGGUCCGGGACACGGCUCUGGGGGCAAGGUCCUGCGCUCCGUCCGGGCCGCGCUCGGCCAUGGGACCCACGUCGCAGAGCGGACGCGCCAAGCUCCCGGCCAGGGAGUUUCUGGCGGUUUUAGUCACUGUGAGCUGCCUUCUGAGGACGUGCGAAUUAAAAGCAGCAAAUGAGUUUAAACCAAAUAUCCUACUGAUAAUGGCAGAUGAUCUUGGCAUUGGGGACCUUGGUUGCUAUGGGAACGACACACUGAGGACGCCCAAUGUCGACCGACUCGCGCAGGAAGGCGUGCGGCUCACGCAGCACCUGGCGGCCGCCCCGCUCUGCACCCCAAGCAGAGCGUCUUUCCUCACGGGCCGACACGCGCUCAGAUCAGGCAUGGAAGCCAGCAACGGGUACCGGGCCCUUCAGUGGAACGCGGGCUCAGGCGGACUUCCCGAGAACGAGACCACGUUUGCCAGAGUCCUCCAGCAGCAAGGUUACGCCACGGGCCUCAUCGGCAAAUGGCACCAGGGCAUAAACUGCGAAUCGCGCACCGACCACUGCCACCACCCGCUAAACCACGGGUUUGACUACUUCUUCGGCAUGCCCUUCACCCUCGUCAACGACUGUCUCCCGGGCAGAUCCCCGGAACUGGACGCGGCCACGAGGGCAAGGCUGCGGCAUUACACCCAGAUGAUGGCCUUGGGGGUCCUCACCCUCGCGGCUGGCAAGGCCUGUGGGCUCUUCUUCAUUUCCUGGAAAGCAGUCUUGGGGGCGGCCAGCCUGCUCUUCCUGUUCUUUGUCUCCUGGUACGCCAGCUUUGGGUUUGCCCGCCGCUGGAAUUGCAUCCUGAUGAGAAACCACGAGGUCACAGAGCAGCCCAUGGUUUUGGAAAGAGCCGGAAGGCUUCUGCUAAAUGAAGCCGUUUCCUACAUCGAAAGAAACAAGCACGGGCCAUUCCUGCUCGUGGUGUCCCUGCUCCAUGUGCAUGUUCCCCUCGUGACGACAAAGGAGUUUCUUGGGAAGAGUCAGCAUGGCUUGUACGGCGACAACGUAGAGGAGAUGGACUGGCUCGUGGGGGAAAUUCUCAAUGCCGUCGAAGAACACGGUUUGAAAAACAAGACGCUCACGUACUUUACCUCUGAUCACGGAGGACAUUUGGAGGCAAGAGAUGAACACAGCCAGCUGGGCGGAUGGAAUGGCAUAUACAGAGGUGGCAAAGGCAUGGGCGGCUGGGAAGGCGGGAUCCGCGUCCCGGGGAUCUUCCGGUGGCCCGGGGUGCUGCCGGCCGGCCGAGUGGUCCACGAGCCCACCAGCCUGAUGGACGUCUUCCCCACCGUGGUCCAGCUGGGGGGCGGCCAGGUGCCCCAGGACAGGGUGAUGGAUGGCCACAGCCUGAUGCCCUUGCUACAAGGAGACGUUGAGCACUCGGCACACGAGUUCCUGUUUCAUUACUGCGGGAAAUAUCUCCACGCUGCACGCUGGCAUGAGAAGGAGAUAGGAGGACCCUCCUUACACACAUCCUGAAGGCAUCUGCCCUGGGUCCCCGGUUCGCGCUGUGGGGACAGCGAGGCUGGGAGACUGACUCCGUACCUGCUCUUGGGGUGAAGAUUCUCCGCUUGCUUUGACGCUCUGCUCUGCAGCCGUGAGUAUGGGAAAGCCCGGUCCCUGAGGAACGCACCCUCCCUGCGUGGAUGGUUUACACGUCUUGGGACGGACAGAAGCCCAUCAGAGAAGGUGACAGUAGGGAGGGUGACACGUGACAGGCUUCACGUUAAGGUCCGUCCCCAGCCGGAGUCCCUCAGCCCUGACCUGACACCCCGCAGCACCCCACACGUCUAUUAGGGGACAGUCCCGUGUUUGCUAGCCUUUUAAAUCUAUCAUACGUCCCCGGGAACCAGGGGCCACCGCAGACAAGAAUGAAAUAUGUUUCUCUCUGUUUUCAGAGAUCCGCACAUUCCCCACCCAGAGAACAUGCACAAAAGAAAAAAAAAAAAAACCCUAUAGUAUAAAUAAACAGACUUGAACACCCUUCUUCUGUUUUCUUGUUUAAAAACCCCAAGUUUCGUCCCACCUAUAAAAAACCAACAAUGCAAACAGCUUUGCUUCCAAUUUAGAGUUCGAGCUGGCUCCCCUGAUCUUUUUAAAUCUCUGCAGGAAAUCUUGGGCACUUUUUUUUUUU